UAACGUUGCGGCUGGUGGUGUGUGCACAAUUAACGUUAACCCUGUUGGUCGACUCAUACCACCUCCAGCCAUUGAUGGAACCCCUGCACCUCCUCGGGCUAACCCUAAGGUUUACUUUUAUAUGACCGUGGACGGCAAACCAGCUGGUAUGAUCAUAAUGGAACUCUUUGCCGACACGACCCCACGGACGGCAGAGAACUUUCGCGCCCUCUGUACCGGUGAGAAAGGCAUGGGGAAGCUUGGUAAGCCACUCCAUUACAAAGGAUCGAUCAUCCACCAUGUUGACCCAGGUUAUAUGAUCCAAGGAGGAGAUAUCAUUGACGGAGGGAAAGGAAACGGAGGCGAAUGUAUCUACGACAGUAGGUUUUUCGAGGUUGAGAACUUCAUCAAGAAGCACACCGGUCCAGGUAUACUCUCCAUGUGGAACCGUGGUCGAAACAGCACCGGAUCUCAGUUCAUGAUCCACGCGCAGGCGAACCCGGAUCUGGAUGACGAGUGUGUUGUGUUCGGCCAAGUUGUUCAAGGAAUGGAUAUAGUCACGAGCAUUAUGGCUUUGAGCACGGAAACUUCCGUACCCGUUGCUGUGAUCUCCAACUGCGGUCAAAUUUCAUAGAUAUUUGAGAGGUUUACAUAUUACGACGUUUUAUAUGUUUAUGCUCGUAUUUGAGUUUAUAUGUUUAUGUUCAUAUGUCUCAAUUUCAUUUUGUUUAUGAACAAAUAAAAUAUUUGUUACUUUGAUUUUUAAAAUGACAGUUUCCUAUCAAUGUACUUAAAUCAAUAUCAUUAUUUUAACU